AGGAACUUUCCCUUCCGGGGGAGUGUUGCUAAGCAACGGGUUCCCAUAGCAACUGCGUUGUUGUGGGCAAAACCCUGGUCUCUUUCUCUGGACAGAGCCUGAGCGGGGCGAGCUGAGGAUGACACAGGUGUGCGCCCAGGAGAACCUCUACAACCUCCUGCCCCGUCUGGAGGAGAAAGCUGUCAGACCACCUCGAUAUAUAUCAACAUUUAGAUCAUCUGUGAAGUAUGAGACACAGAAAAAUAAAGCUCCUUGGAAAACCAUUGGACCAGAAAAAGUUGAAGUACCUUCUCCAAAAAACUUUCUUCUGAAAGGUUCAAGGGAACCAAAGCUACUACAGAGGCAAAAAGAUCGUGGUUCUAAAAAAAUCUCAACAUUACCACCAGUUCCACAGAAGACAGAUCACCCAAUUAUAGGUGUGCAAGUUAAAAAAAAUUUUAUACGUACAAAUGCAGUUGACGCUGUUAUGGGAAAGCCAAAGACGUAUCAACCUGUUUGUGUUGACAGGAGACUAGGAGACAAAUAUCUCCUUGAAACUUCAGGACUUGUUCCAAAAUUUAUUAAAAAAAAGGAUUAUGGUAUUACUCCCAAAUAUAUAAUUAAGCGAAAUGAGGAAGUAAAGAAAGCACAGGAAGAUUAUAAUGCCUAUUUCAAAGAGGCUCUCAGAGAAAAAACCAUGGAAUGGAUCUCUGAUGAGGAAAGGGAAAAUGUCCUGCAGGAUCUGAAAAAGGCCUGGGAAGAGACGCACCAUGAGUUUCAGUGCCUUUCUUUAGAAAUAGACACCCUACCAAAGAGGAUGCAUAAAGAACGCCUGGAAUCACAUCUGAAACAGCUGGAGCACGACAUUAAGCUAAUUGAGAAUCCACAUUGUAUCUAUAUUCCAAAGAAAUAAGGACGGUCUUGCAUAAAAUUCUUUUUUAUCGAGAAGAAAAUAUAAGUGCUAAAAGAAGAAAAUGACAAGUCCUAGUUAUUCAAAGGAAGAAAUUAAUUUAUGCAAGUGUAUUAGAAUCUUAUCAAGUUGUAGCAUUUAAAUAAUUUUUCAUCUGGAUAAUUCAUAUAUUUUUUCAAAUACAUUUUUCAUUUAGUUUAAUCUUCAAUAAAGAGCUAUGAGUUUUACUUAUUAGUUGUUAUUUUUUAUCUCUUUCCUAUGAGGAUUUUAUUAAAUACUGAGAGAGAGCCUAUUUCUUGUACGUGUAGAGAACUUACAUUUUGCAUGGAAAAUCUCUAAAGCAAACUUGAUGAAAAUAUGAGGAUGGGAAUUACCCUAGACUAGAUAUUAAAAACUGCUUUAAUGGAACACUUUUUGAUGAAUUUAUAAAUACUAUUUAUAAAUAAUUUGGCUUUUACAUCACCUAUAUGUAUUCAUUUUUAUUACUAAGAACAAUUUACAGCUACAGCAUGACAAGUACUUUUUGACUGCUUUCAUUGUUCAACUGAAAGUGAGUCAUAUCUUGAGCCCAGUAUAAUGUUGGCACAUUCUAAAUUUCAUACAUUUACAAUAAAACUUUGGUUUUCCACAUUAAAACGUAAUGCAUUGUUUGUAGCAUCACAAUCAUUUCCAUUGCAGC